AUGGUAUCAAAUUUGCAAGAACGAUCUUUUGCAACCAAAAUAUUCGUUUCACCUUGUAGCUGGGCCUCCUCGCCGCUUGUAUCGCGUGAUUUACAAGGCAAUUCACGAGCUAUUAUGGACGAGUUAAGUGUUGAUGGUAACACGCAAGACCUACUUGCCUACCUUAAGUCUGUCCAUCAUGAUGUUUGCGUGGUUACCAUCGACUUUUCUGGUAUAACAACACGAAGUGAAGAUAUUGUCAAAUUGGUUGAGGCAAAUCCCUCUUUAAAAAGGAUUGCAGUUGAAACAUUUUCCCAAUGCAAUGAAGUGUUUAUUUUUGACACUGAGAGAUUGGUUAAAGAUAAUAACCUAUUAAAAAAAUUGAGAACAGAAAUCAUUGUAUUCAAAGAUCAAAAUAAACUAUCAAUUGUCAGCGUUACAAGAAAGGGUUUUUUAUAA